AUGCUCAUCUACAAGGAUAUCCUCUCCGAUGACGAGAUCCUCUCGGAUACUCUCAAGAUCAUCGACGCCGGUAAUGGUCUCUGGGAAGUUGAUGGCAAGAUGGUGAAGAAGGGCGCGGAUAACUUCGUUCUCGCUGGAGCCAACCCCUCCGCUGAAGGCGAAGACGCCGAGGAAGGUGGUGAGGACGGCGACAAUCAACCCGUUCUUGAUAUUGCCGACCAAUUUCGACUCCAGAAGAUUGAGGGCGGCAUGUCGAAGAAGGCCUAUCAGGCUGAACUCAAGAAGUACAUGAAGGCAUUGGUCGAGAAAUUCAAGGAGGAAGGAAAGCCCGCCGAAGAGAUCAAGCAGUUCCAAACCGACGCAGCAGGAGCAGCCAAGAAGAUUCUAGGAAACUGGGAGAACUACGACAUCUACCAGGGAGAAUCCAUGGCGGAGAACGGCAUGUACGUACUGGUCGACUUCCGCGAGGACGGCAUGACCCCAUAUGCUACCGUCUGGAAGGCAGGCCUCAAGGAGUACAAGGUGUAA